CAAGCGAACCGGAGCGGUGUCGGAUCCAGCGGAAGAGAUAGAGAGAGAGAGCGAGUGCGGCGCAGCGGUGGCCCCGGGUGCACCUGUGGCCGAGUACGUGACUGUAUUUGCUUUCGGUUUCCUGGUCCUCAUUCUUUGCGCUUCCUCAUCGUUUCCAAAGCCUGCUUUGUCUUAUCUCUUGCCACUCCGUUGACAGCUUGAUUACCGCCGUGCGGUCCAUCACAUCGCAGCGCGCCCGACGACGACCACCGGGAAGGAACCACCAAACGCGCACCACCUUAUCACCCCGAAUCGGUCCGAAUUGCGUGGUAGUCGGUAGUCGCCUUUCUAAACUGUCGCUGCGUCGAACGAACGAACAAGUGAUGGCUUCGAGUUUCGAGGGAAAGUACAACUUUGCGAUCGAUCGUGGUGGUACUUUUACGGAUGUGCUGUGCAUCACACCGGAUCGUAGUGUGCGAACGCUGAAGCUGCUGUCGGUCGAUCCGGCCAACUAUGCGGACGCACCGACCGAGGGCAUUCGGCGGGUGCUGCAACAGGAAACGGGCGGCCGAGCGCUCACACCGGACGGUCUCAUCAACACGGAGCUGAUCGGAUGGGUGCGCAUGGGCACCACUGUGGCCACCAAUGCGCUGCUCGAGCGUGCCGGUGAUCCGGUGGCCCUGGUCGUUAACAAAGGCUUCCGGGAUUUGCUGCAGAUCGGUAAUCAGGCACGGCCAAACAUUUUCGCCCUGAACAUCGAGAAACCAACGAACCUGUACCGGGAGGUGGUCGAGAUAGGGGCACGGAUUGUACCGGCCCAGCAGGGCGUAUGUCAGCUGAGUGAUACCGAUGGUUGGCGGAAGUUGGGUGGUGCAUCCGAUUCCAUCUACCUCGAGAUGGUGCCACUGGAUGAAGCGGAGGUACGGAGCGCUCUCGGUGCAAUCCGUGAGUCUAGCAUCCAGUCGCUGGCCGUAGCACUGGCCCACAGUUACGCCUGCCCGGAGCAUGAGCUGCGUGUCGGUGAGAUCGCUCGGGAGCUCGGUUUCGCGUACGUCACGCUAUCGCAUCAGGCGAUGCCCAUGUGCCGUCUAGUAGCCCGUGGUUUCACGGCAUGCGCCGAAGCCUACUUAACGCCACACGUCGAGCGGUAUUUGGAUGGAUUUCGGGCAGGGUUUCGCGAUGAGUUGCGUGGUGCCGAGGUCCUGUUCAUGCAGAGUGAUGGUGGCCUAACGCGGAUGGAGCAUUUCCGUGGUGCCAGGGCUAUUCUCAGUGGACCGGCUGGGGGUGUUGUCGGAUACGCCGUGACCGGUGUUCGCGAUGCCGAUGGGAGUGAGCUGAUUGGGUUCGAUAUGGGUGGCACCUCGACCGAUGUGUCCCGGUUCGCGGGAACGUACGAACACGUGAUCGAGAGUACGACGGCCGGUGUAACGAUCCAGGCACCACAGCUCGACAUCAACACCGUGGCGGCCGGUGGUGGUUCGCGACUGUUCUUCCGUUCCGGUCUGUUUGUCGUUGGACCCGAGUCGGCCGGUGCCCAUCCAGGGCCGACGUGCUACCGGAAGGGUGGCCCACUGACGGUGACCGAUGCCAAUCUCAUUCUCGGACGGCUACUCCCAGAGUACUUUCCGGCCAUUUUCGGACCAGCGGAGAAUGAACCACUGGACUAUGAGGCCACACGGGCUGCCUUCGAGGUGCUACGGGCCGAGAUCAACGAACAUUUGCGAUCGUCUUCGGGCAGCAGCAAGGGAACGGCCGUCGAAACGCUGUCCCUCGAAGAGGUAGCGAUGGGGUUCGUGCGCGUCGCAAAUGAAGCCAUGUGUCGACCGAUCCGUGCACUGACGCAAGCCCGUGGUUACGACACUUCGCGACACGUACUGGCCUGCUUCGGUGGUGCCGGUGGACAGCAUGCGUGUAGCAUCGCCCGGCAACUCGGUAUGCGGCGCGUCGUCAUCCACAAGUAUGCCGGUAUACUGUCCGCGUACGGGAUGGCACUGGCCGAUGUGGUGCAUGAAGCACAGGAACCGUGUGGACUGGAGCUGUGUCCGGACAAUCGAGCGGCGCUCAAGGAGCGCCUCACCGCACUUUCGGCACGCUGUGUGGAGCAACUGGAACGGCAGGGCUUCCGGCUCGACACCAAUUCGAUCGUCCUCGAACCCUAUCUGCAUCUUCGAUACGAGGGCACGGACUGUGCGCUGAUGUGUUCACCGGAUCGUGUCGUCGAAACACCGGAUCACACGGUGUACGGUUUCGGGGACUUUGGGCGCACGUUCCGGGAGCGGUACCGAAGUGAGUUCGGAUUCGUGCUCGAAGGACGCCGCAUUCUGGUGGACGAUGUAAGGGUACGGGGAUGCGGCCGAGCGACGCUCUUCGAUGAGCCUGAGGUUGACGAGACGACGACAGGCGGUGCUGGUGGUGGACUGCCACUGUACGCGGAGAAAACAACCAUUGCCUACUUCGAGGGUGUCGGUCGCCAGGUAACGCCGGUGUACGAUUGCAGUAAGCUGCGCUACGGGACCACACUCGCUGGACCCGCCAUCUUGAUCGACAAACUGUCAACGAUUGUGAUCGAACCGGGUGCCCGGGCUUCCGUGACGCGGCGCGGUGAUCUGACGAUCGAAAUCGAUGCUGCGUGUACGAGUGUUGCCGUUGAUGAGCGGCUCGAUGCUGUGCAGCUGAGUAUCUUCAAUCAUCGCUUCAUGAGUAUUGCGGAGCAGAUGGGACGGGUGCUGCAGCGGACCGCCAUCUCGACCAACAUCAAGGAGCGGCUCGAUUUCUCCUGUGCCCUGUUCGGACCGGACGGGGGACUGGUGAGCAAUGCACCGCACAUUCCGGUGCAUCUCGGUGCGAUGCAGGAAACGGUCCAGUAUCAGCUGCGUGUCCGUGGUGACACACUGAAGCCGGGUGAUGUACUCCUCUCGAACCAUCCGCAGGCCGGUGGUUCCCAUCUGCCAGAUUUGACCGUCAUCACACCGGUCUUUGCACCAGCAGAGGAGCAGGAGGAGGACGGAGCCGGGGGACACCCGGUGGCCAGAAAGCCCGUCUUUUUCGUCGCUUCCCGUGGUCAUCAUGCGGACAUUGGGGGCAUUACGCCCGGUUCGAUGCCACCCCAUUCGACCUCACUCGCCCAGGAAGGGGCCGCCUUCCGAUCGUUCCUACUGGUCGAUGGUGGCGUGUUCCAGGAGUCGGCCAUCAUCGAGCGCCUGACGCGCCCCGCACCGGAUGCGAUCGGUGCACCCGGAACGCGCAAUUUGUCGGACAAUUUGUCCGAUCUGCGAGCCCAAAUCGCGGCCAACCAGAAGGGGAUCGCACUCGUGACGGAACUGAUCGGUGCGUACGGAUUGCGGGUCGUGCAGGCGUACAUGGGUCACAUGCAGGCGAAUGCUGAGCUGGCCGUGCGCGAGAUGCUCCGCCAGGUGGCAACGGAAGCACGGCUCCGGACGGGCACCUGUGUGCUGGCGGCCGAGCAGCUGAUGGACGACGGUACCCCGAUCCGGUUGACGGUACAGAUCGACGAGGAUGCCGGUUCGGCCGUUUGUGAUUUUACCGGGACAGGAGUGGAGGUUAGCGGUAACUGUAACGCACCGAGGGCCAUCACACUGUCCGCCCUGAUCUACUGUUUGCGAUGCCUGGUCGGAUACGAUAUACCGUUGAACCAGGGUUGUCUGACACCGAUACGGGUCAUUGUGCCGCCUGGUUCGAUCCUCGAUCCAUCCGAAGGUGCAGCCGUGGUCGGUGGUAACGUGCUGACGUCGCAGCGUGUCGUCGAUACGGUGCUGGCCGCUUUCCGUGCCUGUGCCGCUUCGCAGGGCUGCAUGAACAAUGUGACGAUCGGUGAGGAAGGCUGGGGUUACUACGAAACGGUGGCCGGUGGCAGUGGUGCCGGUCCGGGGUGGCACGGUGUGGGCGGUGUCCACACGCACAUGACCAACACGCGCAUCACCGAUCCGGAGAUACUGGAGCUGCGCUAUCCGAUCAUCUUGAAGCGGUUCACCUUGCGGGAUGAUGCGAGCGGUGGUGCCGGUCAGUACCGUGGUGGUGAAGGUGUCCACCGGGAGCUGCUGUUCCGCCGUCCGAUGACCCUGUCGGUGUUGACGGAGCGACGCACACUGCGCCCGUACGGUAUGGCUGGUGGGGAACCGGGCAAACCCGGUCUCAACUUGCUGGUGAAGCACGGUGGCCGUACGGUGAAUAUCGGUGCCAAGACGGCCAUCGCUGUCGGUCCGGGUGAUCUGUUCUCGAUGAAAACGCCCGGUGGUGGUGGCUACGGACCGGCAUCGGAGGCGACCGAUGAGACAACGACGUGCCUCGACGGUGGAGCGGCCAUCAAGGCCAUGAAGGCGUUCACCGAGCGCGGUAGCGUUUACGAGUACCGGAUGGCCCAGGAGUCCGUCUGAUGGUACGACAUUGGCUUCAACUUUAACUUCUAUCUCGUCCUCAUCGUCAUCCUGCUGAUCAUCGUGAUCGUCAUGUUCAAGUAGACCACAACACCGCGCACUGGUACUAGAGACAACACUCCCCCGUUCCUGUUCGUCACACUCAUGUACUGUUGAUGUUCUGCGUUCAAAUCACGUUUGUUCUUCCAAGUUCCUCUUCCAAGGCGUGUCCACUGUGCGUUCGCGGGCGGCUUUCGUUUGAUCCAAUUCUAAAACUCCGUUCGUUCACCGCGUUUGUAGCUCCGCGGAUUCGGCUGGACGGUUCUAGUGCCAAAAAUAUUUAAAAAAAAAACGAAAAAAAGGAUAAAUAACAAAAAAACGGUAGCUUUAGACUGGGGUUCAGUCAACUUUUUGAUAGAAUAGGGUAGGAUAGGGUUUUUGAUCGUAAACGGGUUUUUUACAUCGCUUAGAAGGAGGAGGUGCAGGGAUCCAUAUUGAUCAGUUUUAGGAGAGCAAAAAACAAAAAAAGCGUCGCUCGCGCAACCGUGUAGCCAGCAGAUUGGGACCAAGAUGAAUGAAUCAGCUGUACCCCCAAACUGUGUUGAUUAGUCUUCUAGCAAUCGUUACCCUCCUCGAAAGGAUGGUUCUUAUCUACAGUAUUCUUAUAGAACACGAGCAAAUAAAACCUUUCUUGCCUUACGCGCACACAACA